AUGGCUCCUGAUAUGUAUCACGUUGAUCGCAAGUCGCUCUACACGAGCCUUGAAGCUAGGAUUGACUACCUGCACAAGUUUCUCGACUGGGAUGACCGAGACAUCGAGGCUCUCGCGUAUGGAGCCCAGCACAUCCAAAAUCUCAUCCCCGCCGUCGUUCACAUCAUCUACCACAAGCUCUCCGAGUUUGACAUUACAGCCCGCGCCUUCGAGGUCCGAAACACAAGCUCAGAGUCGCCUUCCAAGGAUGAGCUUAGUUCAGACAGCUCUCUGCUGAUGGAGCGGCAAAACUUCUUGAAUUCGUACCUCACCAAGAUGUCGCAACUCAGCAAGGGCUCGUCCGAUCAGUCCAAGAUGGCGUUUUGGGAGUAUCUCGACAGUGUUGGUGCUAUGCAUGUCGGCUUGCAAAAAAGCAGAGAGCUCCGCAUCGACUACAUCCACAUCAGUCUCACUCUCAGUCUGAUACAGAGCGUCAUGUCACAGGCCAUCCUUGACCACAGCUCGAUUCCGAUUUCCAGGAGGGCCGCCAUCGUCAAGUCAUUUAGCAAAGUCAUCUGGAUACAGAAUGAUCUGUUUGCUAGGUGGUAUGUCCGCGACGGGGAGGAGUUUCCGGAUAAUCCUGCUGUCGCCAGGAUACAGGUGCCUCGGGGAAAUGGUACUGCCGGUGUUGCGGCCACUACGCCUGGCACAGCACCUGCUGCUGUGCCUGCGCCCGCCGGGCCUUCUGCUUGUCCCUUUAGUGGCAUGUCAAAAGAGAUGGGGCUCAAGGUGGGACAUUGA